GUAAGAGGAGUGUCUCUGAAUGUGACAUCACACGAAACUUGAAACCAUCAUUUUUAGCAACCCUCCUCCUCACUGCCUGCUCCCACAUUUGCUCCCCUCUCUCUAACCCUAAGACGCCCUGUGCUUCUCUGCAGGACUCCAACAACAGGCCAGUGUGACUACCCUCUCAGCCCAAACUACAGCCCUGAUCCCAGGACUCCACCAUACAGGUCCCCCUCUGCUUCAGAGAGUCAUCUGGGUCUGCUUCCUGAGGUACCGAUUUUCCCUUUCAAUCCCUUUUCCUUCUAUAAACAACAAAUGCCCUCUAUCUGACGGAAUCAGUUCACCUAUGUCCCCAUCAUAAGUAUGGAGCUGCAGAAGCUAACCAAUGGAAAUCACCACCAUGACGACGCUGUGCCUGUGGAGGGAGGAAUCACACCAGAGGAAGAAAAGUUCCUGCAGCAGAGUGAUGGAUCAAAGAGACCUCAGUUCACAGAUUUUGAGGGUAACACCUCCAUUGGGAUGUCCGUCUUCAACCUGAGCAAUGCCAUCAUGGGCAGUGGCAUUCUUGGUCUGUCGUAUGCCAUGUCCAACACCGGCAUCGUCCUCUUCCUGAUCCUGCUGACAUGUAUCGCUUGUCUGUCCUGUUAUUCCGUCCAUCUGCUGCUACGCAGUGCUGGAGUUGUGGGUAUUCGCGCCUAUGAGCAGCUUGGCCUGAGAGCUUUUGGUCAACCAGGGAAGAUCAUAGCAGCUGUCAUCAUCACGCUACAUAACAUUGGAGCCAUGUCCAGCUACCUGUUCAUAGUCAAAUCUGAGUUACCGCUGGUCAUCCAAGCCUUUCUUGGCCAGACAUCCAGCUCCGGAGACUGGUUCAUGAAUGGAAACUACCUGAUCAUCAUUGUUACUGUCUGCGUCAUCCUCCCACUGGCCCUGAUGAAACACCUGGGGUAUCUUGGUUAUACCAGCGGCUUCUCUCUGUCCUGCAUGGUCUUCUUCCUCUCUGCGGUCAUCUACAAGAAAUUCAACAUUGCUUGCCCUCUUGAAGUGUUUGGCAACUACUCUGUGAACGCAGCUGUCUCAGAGGAGACAUGCACUACCAAAUACUUCACCAUCAACCAAGAGACGGCAUAUACCAUCCCCAUUCUGGCAUUUGCUUUUGUAUGUCAUCCUGAAGUGCUUCCCAUCUACACUGAACUGAGCAACCCAACCAAGAGAAGAAUGCAGAACAUUGGCAACGUUUCCAUCCUGGGCAUGUUCAUCAUGUACUCCUUCACUGCCACAUUUGGCUAUCUGACCUUCUACGAGAACACUGAAGCAGAGCUCCUCCAUACCUACAGUAAGGUGGACCCUCUGGACACUCUGAUCCUGUGUGUUCGUCUGGCCGUCCUGGUGGCCGUCACUCUGACUGUACCCGUGGUCUUGUUUCCUAUCCGCCGUGCCCUCCUGCAGCUGCUGUUUCCAGGGAAGGCCUUCCACUGGCUCCGUCACAUCGCCAUCGCCAUGUGUCUGCUCUUUGUUGUCAACCUGCUGGUUAUCCUCGUUCCAAACAUUCGAGACAUCUUCGGCAUCACUGGGGCAACCACUGCUCCCAGUCUGAUCUUCAUCCUUCCUGGACUGUUCUACAUUCGCAUCAUCCCCACUGACCAGGAGCCCAUGAACUCAAGACCGAAGAUUCAGGCUGCGUGUUUCACAGCACUGGGUUUCAUAUUCAUGCUCAUGAGCACGACAUUCAUCGGGCUUGACUGGAUGAGUGGAGAAAAGCGAAAUCUCGGCGGCCACUAAAGUGCACCCCAAACCCUACAGCAGCCCAAUGCUGCACCCCUCCUCCAGUCCUUUGGCUGGGAAGCAAGUUUCAACCUACUGCUAAGAGGCUCUGGGCUUUUGUUGGACUCCUUUUAUGAAUCAUAAGGACAUGCCAUUGCUCCAGAGUGAGGAGAGGAGACCAGUCCCAUGACCUACCCAGGUUGACCCAUCCAUCACAGGUGGUGUUCUUCUGUUCUACAUGAAGAGCUGACACAAAUUGUUAUCCAUGGAAGCCCUUUAAUCAUUAUUAAGUCAUCUGUCAUAACGGAGGCUAAAUGUGGUGUAGAAUAACAAAAAUAUUAAAAACAUCUUCAAUUUCAACUGAGAUCAUUUAUUUGAGUAUGUGCUUGAGGAAAUUGCUAUUCCAAAAUAUAUACCAUUAUGGUGUUAUCAUUGUAGUCCAAUUAUUUCUGCUCAUCUGUGAGUAUGAGGUAAUUAAACAAAUUCACUUCAAUUGAUGUAUUGUGUACUGUGAUUCUGCAGAGCAGUAUUUGCCAAAUUGGUCAAAUUAUUUAGGUUUCCAUUAGCCAAAGACAGACAUGACGUGUAUGCAACUGUGAACCAAUUCAUUUUUGUGAUUAAUUUGUGAAUUUAUUCUGGAUAUAAGUGGAUAUUGUUUAAUAAAAAAUAUCAAAGGAU